CACAAACUUAUUCAAAAACAUCGUUGAUAUACGAAGGGAUCGGUGUGAACAUAUGGUUUUAAUCCCAUUUAAAUCGAUUAGUCCAAACAAUUGGGCCUUGAAACCUACUUUAGGCGCACAUCUCCAUGUCUCAUCGUUUAUAACUUUCACGAGCCUAACAUAACGGUUGGAUCGCACGCGCUUCGACGAUCCGCUUAAGUUGACUGUUUGCUUGCAGUUUGCACUGAUUUCGCACCGGCUUUGCGACAAAAAUGGCGGACAAAGAAACUUCGAUUGUGCUCAAACACGACGACGAAUCGAACCGGCCUCCGAAUCCUUUUUCUCUGCUGUUCACCAAGUUUACUCAGGUUUUUAAUUUCCCUUCUCGACCACAGCCGCCGGAGAAGAAAGAGUUGGCGAAGGUGGAAACAGAGAAGAAAGCGAUAGUUCGUGACGGUGAAGUGGUGGGGGAAAGUAAAUCGGCUACGGUUACGUAUCCGGAUGGCCGUUCGAAGACCGUUACUUCGUUGAAGCUUGAAUCGGAAGAUGCGGUUCAAGAAACGAGUCCUGCUGUUCUUUGGCAGGUUUAUGCAAUUGGAGGUUUCUUUGUGUUGAGGUGGGCGAUUGGACGAUGGAAAGAGGGCAGGGCAAGGAAGAAGCCAUCUGAAUCUGAUGAUGUCCCACCACCACCCACACCCACACCCAAUGAUGAUUAGUAGUGCCUAUGAAAUAUGGUUAAAGAUUCCAUCUUUUUACAUAUGUCGUAUAUUAAUUCAAAUACUCUGUUUAAAUCUGAGAAUUACUUUGAAUAUACAGUUUCCAACUUCUUUUCUUUACCACUUGCAACCUUCUUUCUUUUUGUUUCUCUUAGUACAAAUAGCAUCUGUUUCGUUUGAUUUGGUCAAAACAGAUUGCACACCAUUUGUAUUGAGAUCUCAGACUGAGACUGAUUGACUAACUACUGAUUGAGACUGAUGUCAGUGGUACAAAAAUUACAAUUUUUUGCUAUCGGUCCAUGGUUGGAUUUUGAAAACAAGUCGGGGUGUGACUAAAUACUUUUCCUUGAUUUGUUACAAGAAAAAAG